UAAAAGACUACCUAUAAAUACAACAUAAUUUGCUUGAUUUCUUGUCACCAGAUCAGGAAACGACGUGAGAGAAGCACUGAUACAGCAGUAAAAUAUUAAGUUUAUUUCUCAUGGCAUCGACCAAAUCAUCAUCAGUGAAAAUAGUAGAAGUUUGCAAGGUUGCUCAACCUAACCUGUCACCGGAGUCGGCCACAGAAUUGUCUCUCCCUCUUACCUUCUUUGAUUCCACAUGGCUGAAUUUCCCUCCAAGCCAGUGCCUCUUCUUUUACAAAUUUACUGAGUCAAUUACUUCUGCUUUCUUUCACUCGGAAAUCCUCCCCAAACUCAAACGAUCACUCUCGCACACCCUCUUCCACUUCCCUCCUCUUGCCGGCCGCCUCACUUGGCCUCCUCAUUCUACCAGACCCAUCAUCCUUUACUCUCCAAAUGAUGCCGUUUCGCUCACAGUUGCGGAGACUAAUGCCGAUAUUGAUAGACACAUGGGCAAUCAGGUUCGUGACGUUUCCGAGUCGCGUCCUUAUGUACCAGAGUUGCCAAUAUCGGAAACAACGUCACCAACAAUGGCCUUGCAGAUAACAGUACGUCCUGGUAAAGGAUUUACCGUUGGCAUCACCACACACCAUGCAGUUUUUGAUGGAAAGAGCGCUUACAUGUUCUUGAAGGCAUGGUCCUAUAUAUGCAAACACAGUGAUGAAAACGGAAAUUCCUUCCCUUUAUCACAGGAAUUAAUCCCGUUGUUUGACCGGACAAUUAUCAAAGACCCUGCCAGACUCGAAUCUAUGUACCUGAACCAAUGGAUGGACUCAAACAGAAAGUAUUCAGAGUCAUCCAACCCACGAAGCUUGGAAGUGUUGCGAUUUUUCUUUGAUGUGCCACCCAAUGACUUGGUUCGAUCCGCGUUUAAGCUGAGCAGCGAAAGCCUUGGAAAAAUCAGGGAAAGUGUACUGCUUUACCACCAACAGCAGCAGGCUGCAGGGCUAAAUACUCUAAAAAAACUUCGCCUCUCUGCAUUUGUGCUCACAUGUUCUUACACGUUAGUCUGCAUGGUGAAGGCAAAAGGAGAAGCUAGUGGUAAAAAGGUUAUAUUUGUGUUUGCUGUGGAUUGUAGGAGCCGUUCGAGCAUAAACCCCCCAAUUCCACAGAAUUAUUUUGGGAAUUCUGUAUGUCUCCAUGACUUGUCUGCAGAAGCUGAAGAUUUUGCGGGUGAAAACGGAGUUGCCAUUAUAGCUGAGAGGUUGAGUGACUAUGUAAAUGGACUGGACAAGUUACUUUUUGAAGAAGCGAAGGAGAGGAUCGAAAGAAUGAGUGUUGUAGGACCAGAGGUGCUGAAGUUUGGGAUAGCUGGGUCGACGAAGCUGGCGUUUUACAAUGUAGAUUUUGGAUGGGGAAAGCCUGAGAUGGUGGAGAUACCGUCCAUAGAUCAUGACAAUGCUUUUUCCCUGAUGGAAGGUAGAGAUGGAAAGGGAGAAGUUGAGAUUGCGUUAGCCUUACCAAGACAGGAAAUGGAGGUUUUUAAGUCACUGUUUGCUCAAGGCAUUAAUGCUGUGCAGCCUGGGCUGUUCUAACUGUUUCUUUCUUCUCAUCAAUUGUUCAUGUAGCAUUUUCGGAUUUAGUUUGAUGGUAAAUGUGUUUCUUCGCCGGUUUAAUCAAAUGAUAAAUGUAUUUUUUUUAUUUAAAUAAAGUCUCGAUUUCUUGAUGGCAAGUCCUCAAGAAAUUCCCAAAAUAAUUCUGUGGAAUUGGCACCUGUAUGUAUACAAAUAAAGCGUGAGUUUGUAUUAGAAAGGAUGUUUCUUGAUUUCUUAUGAUAAAGAAGAGUCUGAUUAGGUUCUUUAACUAAUAAGCGUUUUACA